AUGGUGGAAAAAGAGGUAGAAAAAUCAGGUGUUGGAUCUGAUAGAGAAGAAGAGCAACGGUGGAACGAAGGAGGAGGAGAGAGGUUAGCGAGACCCAUUAAAGACAUCAAACGACAUCCGCUUGAGCAUUCAUGGACAUUCUGGUUCGACAAUCCAUCUGCCAAGUCUAAGCAGGUGGCUUGGGGUAAUUCCAUCCGUCCUAUAUACACUUUCUCCACCGUUGAAGAUUUCUGGAGCCUAUACAACAAUAUACAUCGACCGAGCAGGUUAGUUGCAGGAGCAGACCUCCACUGUUUUAAAAAUGGAAUUGAACCUAAGUGGGAGGACCCUGUUUGUGCUUCUGGUGGAAAGUGGACUAUGACCUUCCCCAAGUCCAAAUCCGACACAUGUUGGCUGUAUACGUUGCUAGCAAUGAUCGGAGAACAGUUUGAUCACGGAGACGAGAUAUGUGGGGCCGUUGUGAAUGUCAGAUCAAGGCAGGAAAAAAUAGCCCUAUGGACCAAGAAUGCCGCCAAUGAGGCUUCUCAGAUGAGUAUUGGGAGACAAUGGGUACAAUUUCUUGACUACAACGACAGCAUAGGUUUCAUUUUUCAUGAGGAUGCUAAGAAACUUGACAGAGGUGCCAAAAAUAAAUACACAACGUGAGGUGUGCCUUACGUGCUCAUAAUUAAUUUACGUCUUGGUCUUGUUUUAAGUAUCUCAUUCGACACACUUGACAAAAUUCAUAGACCGUUUGGUUUCAAAUUUCUCUU